AAAAUGGCGCCGUUCACCCGGGUCUUGGGCUUUUGAGUCUCCCUGCCUCGGCGCCAGACGAGGUGGCUAGGGGAGCGAAGACCCUGUGGGUCAGCAUCAGGGACGGUUUUGAGGGUGAACGGGCUUGGAUUCUGCGGCCUGGGAUUGGGACCUAGACUUCUACAGUGGACUGAGUAAGAGGCUUUCCACUUGUACCCAGGCCUAGUUAGGUCCAAAGCUGUCCAGGGGAUCCCCAAAGGCAAGUGUUGUUAGGCCAUAUCCCAGAACAUAUGUAAAGGUCACACAGCUUUAGUACCCCUGGGUGGUUUGUAUUAAACUCAGCAAGCGUUCUUCUUCAGAAACCAAGGCUAAAGAAAUCCUGACGAAAGAAUCCAACGUGCAAGAGGUUCGAUGUCCAGUCACUGUCUGUGGAGAUGUGCAUGGGCAAUUUCAUGAUCUCAUGGAACUGUUUAGAAUUGGUGGCAAAUCACCAGAUACAAAUUACUUGUUUAUGGGAGAUUAUGUUGACAGAGGAUAUUACUCAGUUGAAACAGUUACACUGCUUGUAGCUCUUAAGGUUCGUUACCGUGAACGCAUCACCAUUCUUCGAGGGAAUCAUGAGAGCAGACAGAUCACACAAGUUUAUGGUUUCUAUGAUGAGUGUUUAAGAAAAUACGGAAAUGCAAAUGUUUGGAAAUAUUUUACAGAUCUUUUUGACUAUCUUCCUCUCACUGCCUUGGUGGAUGGGCAGAUCUUCUGUCUACAUGGUGGUCUCUCGCCAUCUAUAGAUACACUGGAUCAUAUCAGAGCGCUUGAUCGCCUACAAGAAGUUCCCCAUGAGGGUCCAAUGUGUGACUUGCUGUGGUCAGAUCCAGAUGACCGUGGUGGUUGGGGUAUAUCUCCUCGGGGAGCUGGUUAUACCUUUGGACAAGAUAUUUCUGAGACAUUUAAUCAUGCCAAUGGCCUCACGUUGGUGUCUAGAGCUCACCAGCUAGUGAUGGAGGGUUAUAACUGGUGCCAUGACCGGAAUGUAGUAACGAUUUUCAGUGCUCCAAACUAUUGUUAUCGUUGUGGUAACCAAGCUGCAAUCAUGGAACUUGACGAUACUCUAAAAUACUCUUUCUUGCAGUUUGACCCAGCACCUCGUAGAGGCGAGCCACAUGUUACUCGUCGUACCCCAGACUACUUCCUGUAAUGAAAUUUUAAACUUGUACAGUAUUGCCAUGAACCAUAUAUUGACCUAAUGGAAAUGGGAAGAGCAACAGUAACUCCAAAGUGUCAGAAAAUAGUUAACAUUCAAAAAACUUGUUUUCACACGGACCAAAAGAUGUGCCAUAUAAAUAUACAAAGCCUCUUGUCAUCAACAGCCGUGACCACUUUAGAAUGAACCAGUUCAUUGCAUGCUGAAGCGACAUUGUUGGUCAAGAAACCAGUUUCUGGCAUAGCGCUAUUUGUAGUUACUUUUGCUUUCUCUGAGAGACUGCAGAUAAGAUGUAAACAUUAACACCUCGUGAAUACAAUUUAACUUCCAUUUAGAUAUAGCUUUACUUAGCAUGACUGUAGAUAAGGAUAGCAGCAAACAAUCAUUGGAGCUUAAUGAACAUUUUUAAAAAUAAGUACCAAGGCCUCCCCUCUACUUGUGAGUUUUGAAAUUGUUUUUUUUUUUAUUUUCAGGGAUACCAUUUAAUUUAAUUAUAUGAUUUGUCUGCACUCAGUUUAUUCCUUACUCAAAUCUCAGCCCUAUGUUGUUCUUUGUUAUUGUCAGAACCUGGUGAGUUGUUUUGAACAGAACUGUUUUUUCCCCUUCCUGUAAGACGAUGUGACUGCACAAGAGCACUGCAGUGUUUUUCAUAAUAAACUUGAGAACUAAGAACUGAGAAGGUCAAAUUUUAAUUGUACCAAUGGGCAAGACUGGUGCUGUUUAUUAAAAAAUUAAAUCAAUUGAGUAAAUUUUAGAAUUUGUAGACUUGUAGGUAAAAUAAAAAUCAAGGGCACUACAUAACCUCUCUGGUAACUCCUUGACAUUCUUCAGAUUAACUCCAGGAUUUAUUUGUAUUUCACAUAUUACAAUUUGUCGCAUUGUUGGUGUGCACUUUGUGGGUUCUUCAUGCAUAUUAACUUGUUUGUAAGACAGAAAAUCUGUGCUGCUUCAAUAAGACUUCAUUGUAAAACCAUAUAACUUGAGAUUUGAGUCUUUGGGUUUUGUUUUAAUAAAACGGCAUGUUUUCAGGUAGAGCUUAACAAACUAAAUGAUGUGUUUACUUAGUGCAGUUUCUGGUUAUGAAUAUUAUAUUGCUAUGUAUAUUAUAUGGACUCUUCAAAAUGAUUGACAGAUUGGCAAAUUCCUAACAAAUCUUUGUACAUUGUUAAGUCAUAUGUUCUUAGAGUUAAAUCUGUCUCAGAUAAGAAAGCUGUUAAAGCAUUAGUCUGUGUCAAGUUCUUUGAGUGAUACUAGUGAAACCAAAUGGAAACUUGUUGGA